AGGCUGCGCAGUGAGAUGAGCAUUUCACGGGCUUCUCUUCAGUCCAUCUGUCUUAGGUUUCCUGAAACCUGUCUCAUUCCGCAUGUGAAAUCCCUCCCCUGUGCGUCAAUCUCCUUCUCCAUCACUAAUGCACGCCUUCUCCCGCACAUCCAUCUGUGUGAGAAAACCCAAGCCAAGAAGAGACGGUCCAACCAGGCAGAUGUUCCCGAUCAGCUGCGUCAAGAAGUAGAAAGUUGCUAUAGGCUCAGGAUGCCUGAAGAUUUCUAUCAGUUCUGGAAGUUCUGUGAGGAGCUGAAGCCCGACAAGCCAAGUGAAGCGCUCGUAUCAAGUAUUGGACUUAAGCUAGUUGGACCAUAUGAUAUUCUUGCUGGAAAACACAAAAGAGCAACAUCAGCAAAUCUCAACUUCAACCUUCACUGGAGGUUUUUUUAUGAUCCCCCUGAAUUUCAGACUAUAAUUGCUGGGGAUAGCAAAACUCAGUAUCACAUGGGAUAUUUCAGGGAUGUGCCAGAUGAACUUCCAGUAUGGGUUGGUUCAAAUGAAGCCAAGAAAAGCUGUGUAAUUUCUCAAAUUGGUGACAAUGUAUUUGCUGCAGUCAAAUUGUUUUUGUCUGAAAAGCUUAAGAAAGUGACAGAUAAAAACAGAAGUUCUAUUUUGAAAGACAUAGAUGAAAGCCUUACAAGAACAGCAAAAGAACUGGGUUAUUCGCUGGAACAGAAAACCAUGAAGAUGAAACAAAGAGAUAAGAAAGUAGUGACUAAAACAUUUCAUGGAGCAGGUCUGGUUGUGCCUGUAGAUAAAAAUGAUGUUGGGUACAGAGAGCUCCCUGAAACCAAUGCUAAUCUUAAAAGAAUUUGUAAGGCCAUUGUGGAUGCUCCUAGCGAUGAGCAGAGACUGAAAGCCUUUGCACCCAUUCAGGAAAUGAUGACUUUUGUUCAAUUUGCUAAUGACGAAUGUGACUAUGGAAUGGGCUAUGAACUGGGAAUGGACCUCUUUUGCUAUGGGUCACAUUAUUUCCACAAGGUCGUUGGUCAGCUGUUAUCUCUCGCAUAUAACCUGUUGAGGAGGAACCUCUUUGCUGAGAUUGUUGAAUCGCAUUUAGCUAAAAGAAGUGACGAGAAUGUGGACCAACUAGCAGCAUGAUCCAAAGAGGGCUUAAAGUUUCAAGUAUUAGUGCUGCAAAACUUGAUUUUGUUAAAUGGAUAUAGGUGUUUUCAUUAGUAAUAUAAAGUAAUGUUUGUGUGUAGUAAAUAAAACUUUUUAAAAAUAAA